AUGGAUAACGAGGCCUUUGACUGCCAGAGCUGUGAGGAAUCUCUCUAUGGAAAGAAAUACACUGUUAAGGAUGACAAUCCCUACUGCAUCAAAUGCUUUGAAAACCUUUUUGCGAAUAUAUGUGAAGGAUGUAAAAAACCCAUUGAAUGUGACUCCAAGGAUCUCGCCUACAAAGACAGCCACUGGCAUGAAUCUUGUUUCAAGUGUGCCAAAUGCACUUGCUCUUUGGUAGAGAAACCAUUUGCUGCCAAGGAUGAACUGCUGUUGUGCAUCGAUUGCUAUUCCAAUGAGUAUUCCUCCAAAUGCUUCAACUGCAAGGCCACCAUAAUGCCUGGUUCUCGUAAAAUGGAGUACAAGGGGUGUAGCUGGCAUGAAACAUGCUUUGUAUGUGAAAGUUGUCAGAAGCCCCUAGGAAGCAAGCCGUUUAUUCCAAAACAAUCCAGUUUAUACUGUGUGCAAUGUUUUGAAAAUCAGUUUGCGAGUCACUGCAAAUCUUGCAAAAAGGCUAUCAUCACAUCAGGAAUUUCUUUCCAAGAUCAGCCAUGGCACAGUGAAUGCUUUGUAUGUACAAAUUGUAAGAAGAAGCUGGCGGGACAAGAGUUCACAGAGCAAGAUGAGGAUCCAUACUGUUUAGAGUGCUUUGGUAAUCUGUAUGCCAAAAAGUGUACUGCAUGUGCUAAACCUAUUACUGGUCAAGGAGGUGGCAAAUAUAUCUCAUUUGAGGAUUUUCACUGGCACACAGACUGCUUCAGUUGUUCAAAAUGCACUGCUUCACUCGUUGGCCAAAAAUUUCUCCAAAGGGAUAAUGGUAUACUGUGCCUUGAGUGUGGUCAUGAUGUAUAA